ACCUGGGUAUGACUGAAAACAGACUGCAGUCUGUCUGAGCUGUGUAUGCAGUGGCUAGACUUUAGCAAAGCAGAGAAGGCUGUGUGUGGGGCAUCUGGCAGUGCUGUGCUGGAGGUAGGUUACAGUAAGUUGACAGUACUUGGCAGUUGACAGUGGUUCUACUAGCUAACAGAAGUUGUAGGAAACAGACUAAACACAGACUGCAUCUCUUCGAGCGAGCUCCAUAUGCAGUAGAUAGAGAAGGCCACAGGGCAGGGGUAACAGUGUAGGACAAUUCUUAGGUUGACUGGAGGUAGACUGGGACCAAUAGUGCAAGUACUGCAGCCAUGCAACACCUGUUGUACCAGCCACUGCUUCUCAAUGGAAACAAAUACCUGCAGCAGAAGUGGGACAAGGCCUCCUAUGAAAUGCAUCUGAGAAAGGUCAAAUCAGCGAAACCCACCAUCGACACAACUGCACCUAAAACCUAUGGUCACCUUGACCUCAAAAUGAAGAAACAAAAGUUUCAGGAGCAAAGCAUGUCCAAAAUUCAGAGGGAAAACAAUAUGCUGCUUGAGAAAAUAUCUCACAUCAUGAGUACUACUGGUCGCAUCGACAACAGGAACGACUAUGAAAACAAAAGUGCCAGCCUCACUACAGCAUUAAGGACUGGCAUGAGGACUGGCUCAAGACAAUCAAGCUCAUGGAGAGCAUUGCACGAUAUCCACGAAGAGUUAGUGACUAAAAGGGACAAGGCCAGGCCAGUAAUGAAGAGCAGCAACACUGAGACUGAAGAAAAGGACAGUCUUCAUGCGGAACAGAGCUCACACAGCAGCAUCACUCACAAUGGCAAAAGGGGAGUGUGAGGAAGAACCUGAUCAACAGGAAGAGGAGGCGGGCCUGUAGGAAACACCUGAGUCAUCUGACACACCAAACAAAGGUCCUACAUCUGAAAGUCCCCCAAUACCUGAACCCCCUCACACACCUGACACACUAAGCACAUCUAGCAGACCUGACUCACCAGUCAAAGACUGAGAAUAGGUGUAAGCACAAGGACAUUAAGAAGGGGUGAAGUAAUUUGUCUAUUUGGUAGAUUAUUUACCUUUGCAAUGUCUCCAGAUGUUCUUUGAAAAUAUAUUACUGGCUUGUAGUAUUAAAGGAAUUUAUAACU